AUGCAACUAAAGCUGCAAAAAUUUGCAAAAAUAAAAACAUACGACAGCGGGGAUUCGCUAGUGGUCACCCACCUAACUACUAAUCCGCCGUUUUCCUGCUUAAUUACCGCUGAGCGAACGGGAAGCGAUGCUCUCAAGAAACUUUGGUCGUAUGUACCAUAA